AUGGAUCUGACUCAACAGUCAAGUGGGAAGCAUGACGGCGACAAGCAAGGCUCGCUUCGGCGACUUGCGGCACAGCUCAAGCGUAUCUGGCCAUGCUGCAAGCUUCUAGCGCCGGCCGUCGCUGGUGCACUGCUUCUCACGCCCUUUGUGCUCGAGCAUCGACUACGAACUUGGAUGUCACCGACGCCAUUCUUCACAUACAUCCUCUUUUUCCUCUUCUUCUUCCCCACUCCUUCGCCAGUCGGGGCCUAUCUCGAGAAGUCUGUCAUCACGCUGGCUUUCGUCGCCGCAGGUACCGGCAUCACCUUCCUCGCCGUCUGCGGGUGCAUCUGGAUUGACGGCGAGAACGCACCGGCAAAAGUCUCGAAGCGCUCAAGAGCGAUAGGGGUCUGCGUCCUCAUGUUCUUCUGUUUCGCAACUGGAGCCUUGUCGAGCUACGCGCCGCGCCUCAAGAAUGCCUGUCGAGCUGUUGUCUUCAGCACGCUAUGGGAGCUCACGACGCAGUACAAUAUUAUCAGCGCGCGCAUCUUCUUCGACCAUUUCUACCCGGCCUUGGUAGCCAUGAUCGUGGGUAUCUUUUGCAAUUUUGUCGUGUUUCCGAGAACAGCACGCGCAAUAUCAAUCAAUCAGCUCUGCGAGCUCUUCGAUGGUACGGCACGGCUCACGAGUCUCGCCGUCGACGGCUUCUUCGACCAACACGCCGGAUCAGCAAGCAAGGGCAAGGCAACGCAAUCGAAGAGCUUCAGUCAACUGAAAAAGGAGCUCCAAAGCCUGCAAGCUCGACUGUCCUUCAAUCUGGAUGCAGCACAGAACGAGGUCGCAUUCGCACGCGUACCUGUUGGACAUCUGCAGCUGUUCCUCCCCAUGCUUCGGGACAUCCGUGGCUGGUUCAAUUGCAGCCUCGCCUGCCUUCAAGAUGCAAGCGCCGUAGAGGAGGCGUCACAGCGAUCGGAACAGCCGACAGACUGCGCGACAGAUCAUGCUACGCCGCAGCCCGCCUUUGAUUUCGAAGAAAUCAUCCGCGCUUUCAGCCUCGAUAUCACGCGCUCACUAGUCUGCCUGCGUCGGUGCAUCGCCAAAUGUACGGAUUCGGCAGGCUCCGCCAAGAGGCGGUUUUCUGCGGGCGUCGUCGACGAGAAAGCAGACCAAAAUCGAAGUUCGACCGACCCAGAGCUCGACCUUAACCAACAAAGAGCAGAGUUGCGCGCCUCAAUCCGCUCCUUCAAGACGGCUCUCAGCGACGCCAUCAAAAGGCCUCGAUCAGAGAUGACGCUCGAUGCACAGCGUCAACAUGAGUGCGAACAGGACGGCGUGACAACUUCCGAUCUUGGCACUCCUGCUUCGCGAUCCUCUACGCCAACCGAAGAACGUACACCGCUAGCACACCUAUUCCACAACGACUCGUACCAGACUUCUUUCCUCAUGAUCUCUCUCCUCGAAGUGGCGUUGCUCGUCGAUUCGUGUCUUAACGCAGCAUCCGGCGUGGCAAAGAUCUGGGCCGGGACUUCACGCAGGAGGCUCCACAUGCCCGUAGCAGAUUGGCGCUACUGGCUAGGUCGUACCAAUCUUGGCGGUGGUGACGACAUCGCUUUGGCCGACGAGCGUGUCGAUGCUCUUUUGCAUGAAGACGACGAGCCGUUGCCUGCCGACACGGAGACGCAGCUCGACGACAUCGACUUCUUUGACAAGGGCUCGCAAGAUUUGCUCACUGUUUCGCCCACGCUCGAAAGAACUGAAUCAAGGGUCAGCGACGGCGUCGCAAAUCUGCGCCACGCUAUCAGAAGAAGUAUGCGAGCCUUACGAAAGAUAUUUGCGACACGCCGUGCGUUGCACUGCCGUGUCGCUUUAUCAAACAUUUUGACGACGUUACGUCACAGCCGGCACAUCAAAUUUGGCUUGAAACUCACUGCGGGAAUCGUGCUCUUGACGCUGCCUGCGUGGCUGCCCUACAGCGAUUCCAAACGAUGGUGGUACGAUAAAAGAGGUCAAUGGAUGGCCAUCUCAUACCUAUUCUGCCUCGAAACGUCGACAGGAGCGAGCAUCCGCACGUCGCUCUUUCGCAUCCUCGGAACUAUUUUUGGCAGCCUUCUCGGUCUGGUCAUCAGCGAAGUCAGCCGCCAAAACCCUUACGCUCUUGCGUUCUUGCUUACACUCGCAUCCAUCCCUCCAUCGUACCUGAUGCUCUUUACCCGCUUCCAAGGCGUAGGGGUGGUGAUGGGCCUCACGCUGCCCAUCGUGGCCCUGAUUCCACAAGAAGACGCUGGACAGAGUGUGGCGUACGUCGCGUGGAAUAGAGGCUACAUGAUCCUCUUGGGUAUCAUCGCGGCUCUUCUUGUCAAUCUUUUCGUAUGGCCCAUCCACGCGCGCCUCGAGCUGGUGCGGAGAAUAUCGCUCAUCACGUCGAAACUUCAAUCCCUCUAUCUCAGCCUCUCCAGGCAGAUGCUCUCAGGCGGCCUCACUUCUUCGCACAAAUCCAACGCGGCUUUCGAAGAGCUCGAGGGCAACAUCGAAUUUCGGAUCGGUCAAGCGCGUCGUCUAGUGGACAUCAUGAAGAUCGAGAUCAGUCUCAAGCCCAAGCGCACAAGGGUGUUGUCCGAGCUACUGGAUCAGCUCGAGAAAAUCCACGAGCUACUGUUGGGGUUGAGAAGGUGUAGAGAGCAUGGAUUGAGGUCGGUGAGGCAGCACGCUGUCGUGAACGUACUGGAGUUGCGCCAGAGUUUGAUCGCUUCGGUGCUGCUGGUACUCUGGACCACCGGACAAGCGUUGCAGACCAAGGCGCCGCUGCCGCAGUGUUUGCCCAGUCCGAGGCUGGCGUUGGAGGAACUGACUGAGGCUGUGGCGGAGCAGCUGAGAGACAUGGUCGAGGAAGGGGUGCAGGAGCCGUCGAGGAUGCGCGGGAGACGUGGUGCUCCGGACGCCUUCCAUGCUUUGGACAGCUUGAACCAGAAGAGUAUCCUCGUCAACGUCAGGAGACGGCAUCGCAAAGGCUUGCACUCUAUCCAGUCUUACAGCCCUACCAACGGCUCUCGCAGCGGUGCCGCUUCUCCGGCUCGACACUCACACCACCGGAAACAUCACACGGCAUCGCAUUCGGAGUCCGAGACACCCGGUACGACCGCCGUCAAAAGAUCGCUCGACUACGCAAUGUUCUUCAUCCUUGCCGAACACGCGCUUCUAGAGGAGAUUGUGAGCUCGUUGGAGAAGCUUUCGGAGCUUUGCAGGAGCAUCGUCGGGGAAGCGAGUUUCUUGACGACCGAGUUCGUGCCUCACACCAGCAGUCACGGGGCGGACGGGGACUCGAGGACGCUUGGCGGCGUAGCAACGCCGGUGGGAGCAGUCAGGUCAGAGGCGGGGGACGCGACAAGGACGGGAGGAGGUAGAAGCCUGUCUGUUCCGGAUACGAUGAGAGGUAGAGAUGGAUCACCGAUGAGUCGUCCCCUGCCCUCAUCGAGGCUUCGACCGUCGGCAGAUGCUGAAUACACCUUGAGCAAGUAA